UUAUUACAGUAAUUUUCAUUGCAGUACUUUUUCAAAAGAAAAUAUUCCCCAAAAUAUAAAAAUUCCCCAAGUUAUUAUCUCUGCUGGAGAUCUCUUUAUAUUUCAACUCGCUUAUGUGCAAACUUCUCAAUAUUUUUGCCAAUUUUGCAUAUACUCCUAAAUAUUUAGUUGUCAUCGCCUUUAAUGAGAUUCACAUUCGGUACACCAUGAGUACUAAAUAUGAAAAUUUUCAAUUUGGCCAUCAGUAGUUUUCGUUCUUCGCCUUUGUUAGUUGUACGAGUUGCUGCUGAGCAAACCAAAAAAAAUCAUAAUCUAAAAGAUGAAGAAAAUAUUGUAAAAAUUUUAUUUAAAUUUUAGACGAUAGAAAAAUAUGAGCUCACUUGCAAAUAAUAGAAAUGGAGGGAUGUUAAUCACUCGAAAUGAACGUUCUAUGCCAAAAUGGGUGACAGAGCAAAGUGACCGCAUUGGUCCAAGACCACCACCGCCUCCCUUAACACCGGAAAAUGGUCAUGCUCCUGCAAAACAGCCCAGUUUGCCGCCAAAAACUAAAUCACAACCAGAACCGGACUAUGAAGUUAUUGAAUUUUCUAAUCAACAAUACUCAAAUGCUCCACUGAGACCAAAUUCUGCCAGUUCUGGUUCAAAAACACCAGACAAUAAACUGAAAUGUACUUUAUGUGGUUCUGGCAAUCCUUGGGUGACUUGUGAAGAAUGUGCUCAACAAAUAUUUUGUGCCUCUUGUGACGACAUGUUUCACAAGCAUCCCAAACGUAAAGAUCAUCAAAGAAAGACCAUCGAAAAGUCACGUCCACCCAUACCGCCUAAAACUUUACCCGGUCAACCUGGACCCACACCGCCAGUGGCUCCACCCAGACGCAAUAAACGCGGUUUAAUGACACCCAUAAUGCAGCGCAAGGAUCAGGGUAAUGCUAUGCCGGGACCAUUUCCUGUACCUCCAUCACCCACACCUUCUAUGAAGAACGCAUCCUGGCAAGAACGCUUUGGUUCUUUGCCCAGAGGUUUGAACUUAUUAAAUCGUCCGUUACCCGAAACUCCCAAGACACCAAGUGAAUCGUCACGUUCAACAACGCCCAAAUCAGUAUUCGAUAAUAUACAACGUCCACCCUCUGUGGCAUUGGAGAAGAUCAAAAGCAAGGCAAAUGCUACACUGGAUCGCAUGCAAUUGUUGCAGCAACGCUAUAGGCAACAGAAAGAACAAAUGGAAAGAGAGCGCAGUGGCUCAGUAACAGAUCAGAAUAUGUCAGCAUUCGAUCAAUGGUCAAGCAUUUCACAAUCGCCAUCACAUUUUCGUUCUGGCAGCAUGUCGUCUGGUAUCAACUCAUCCCAUCUAGACCUAAUGGAUGAUAAUAAUUUCAAUUUGUUCCAUCAGCGUCAAAUGGCUUUGCAGCAUCAUCACAUGGCCGCACAAAGGGCCAAUCAAUUAGGUCAACGUGGCAUGUCCAGUUCGGUAUUUAAUCUAAAUCAGAUUAACCGCAAACAGAAUGUAACAACUAAUGGAUGGAUGAAUAAUCCUAUGCAACAGGCCCAGUCCAUGGCUCAGCUAAAUUGUGCCAAUUGUGCUCAGCAACAGUCUCAAUGGAAUGGAACCAAUCAGCAUCAUAUGCAUAUUCAUCAAGAUCCCUGGAGUAAUCAGUUGUCAUCACAGCAACAUUUAAAUCGUUCCAAUAUGUCUUUAAAUGUUCCCGCUGGCUAUAUGAUGCAACCCCAAAUGAAUGGCAUGUAUCCACCACCGACUUUUAUGAAUCAAAGAGGUUUCCAACAAAUGUAUCCACAGCCCUAUAUGGGUGGAAUGCCUGUAAUGAAUCCAGGUUUAAUGGGAAUGCCACCUUCCACUUCUCGCGCAGCUUCACGAGCUGGUUCUCGUAUGGCUUCACCAGCAAUGAGCCGCAAAUCUGUUACGCUAAGGCGCAAACAACGUUCUAGUUAUAUCGACGAUGAAGCUACCGAUGAUGAAGAUUCCGAUGAAGAUGAUCGUCGUUCUAUAACCUCAGCUCGUUCUGGUGUUUCAAGAACUCGACAAAGACGUAUGUCUAGUGCUUCCCAAUUUCCACUUGAUGAUGAUAUUGAAUUAUCACAAUCUAAAUCACAUCGCAAUAGACGCAACCAACGCAGAGAUUCUAUUGCCAAAUCUGUUCAUAAUGAUUGGGCACCAGGAAGAGGAACAUCUUCCAGCAAUAAUAAUAAUAAUAAUCGUUCGGCAGAUUCCGGUUUUAAUAGCCCGCUGAAACCCUCACGUAUAUAUUCAGAUCUGGAUUCAGAGGGUUCGGGUACCCGAGCUUUAGUACAAGCUAAAAUCGAACAAAAACUAAAAGAAGAAAAUUUAAAGCAAAAAUCGUCAAAACCUAAGAGACAAAGUCAGUCCCCUACACCCCAAAAAACAAGUGCUGCAGUACAAACACCGGCAGUGAAACAAACUAUUAAACAAGAAAUAAUCGAGAAAGUUGUAGACACACCGGUGAAACAAGAGAGAGAACCAUCGCCAAGUGAAUCGGAAGAAGAACAGCAACAUAAUAAAAAGGACGAACAGCCAUUAGAGGUGGAGGUAAAACAAGAAAGUGCUUCAGAAGAGGAAGAAACAGAAAGUGAAGAAUCAGAAGAAUCAGAAGAAGCUGAACAAGAACAAGAAGCCGAACAAAUUGAAGUCAAUGAAAUAGAAGAAGACGAUUUAGGUCCUCCGCCCUCUACACCAGACCAUGAAUGGGAAUGUGAAUUUUGCACAUUUGUUAAUGAAGCCAAUAUAAAAAUUUGCUCUAUAUGCUGUAAAACUCCCAGUAUCAAACCGAAAAAAGCCAUAAAAUCUAUAUCUCCUCCUAAACAGAUUAAAUCACCUUUAGUUAAAAAAGAGAAAGGACAUGCCAAGGAGAAAGAACACGAAAAAGAAACUGUCAAGGACAACAAGGAUAAAAGUGGUACGAUUAAGAAAAAACCAUCAGCAUCGACACUGUCAUCAACCAUUCAACACACUGCAACAAAUAACACUGAAACUACGAAAAUUACAAACAAUAUUCAGACAACGAACACAGACUCUGCUCACACUACAGACGAUGCCAACAAAUUUACGCUCAAAACGAAAGAAUCUGUGGAGGAUAUUUGGGCUACAUUGGAUGAGAAUAUUCAAGCGACUGCCCAUGAGGUCACACGUAAGGCUGAGUCUAAAAAGUCGUCAAAAGUAUCUACAGCUUGCGGUACUUCUUCAAAGUCUGCAAGUGUUGAGCGACAGGAAAACGAUUCACGACAGUCUCAGGCCAGAGAAAUAGGUACUUCACCACCACCUCAAAGUAUUUCCACUCAAACUUAUGACACUUUACCCAUACAAAAACCAGAAACUAGGGAAGAACCUAUUGCGAAACCAACACCACAACCCUUGUAUAAUGAUAUGAUACAACAAACAAAUUUCCCUCCAUCACCUAAGAUACAAGAUAUGAAGUCUUUUGAAGCUGAAGUUUUAAACAAGAUACACAAUAUCAGUCAUGUACCCGCUCAUCAUCACUAUCAGAAUAAUCAUCAUCAUGCAAAUCAUCCCAUGUACUCCUACAAUGAACGUCAGCGUUAUCGCAGUAACAACGAUUUACGUAUGGAUGAUGCAAUGUCUAUGGAUUUUGAGACAUUCAAUGGCUUAGGAAGGCGUCAGCCAUCCAUAAGUGAAUUGAUGCUGUUGCAAAAAACUUCAUCACAAAUGCACUCACCCUUGGGUGGUAGCAUCUAUGAUUUACCCUAUCGCGAUCUCUCCUCUCUAAGACUCAAUGACAUGGAAAAUCAUAAAGAAUCUGAUUUAUAUAAACACACCACCGAAGAACUUAAUGCUGCCCUCAAAUACUGUGGACCGGAUAUGCAUCCUUUAGUAUGGUUACGAGACAACUGGCCUAAACUUAUACAAACAGUACAAAGUUUGGCUACCAAAUAUGGUCAGGAGAGAGCUGAGAAUACUAUUGGUACUAUAUCACAGAUGGAAGCAAGAGACGCCCUACGAAUGCAUACCGGCAAUAUAUGGCAAGCAGUAUCUGAGUGCAUAGAACAAAGACAACGCAAAUAUCGUGACAUUUCUUCAAAAGGAAACUUUUCCCGGGAAGAUAUUGUAACAGCGCUUACCACACAUCAAGGCAAUGUGGAGUUAGCUCUACUCGACUUAAGUCGCACACAACUGAAACCAUUUCUAAUGAGAAUCUGGGGUUCGCCAGCGGGUGUAGAAAAUGAGAGCGGUUCUCUGCCUUUGCCCGUUUCGCUACACUCAUCAACACAAUCAACACAUUAUAACAUGGACAAAGACAUUCAUAAUUUUCUCAGUGCCAAUGCUUCAGAAUGCAUGCAAACACCAAAUGCUACUGGUGCUUUCCAUAACAAUAACCAAAUGCCAUCACCAUUCGAUCGACCAGCCUCAUUAAAUUCUCCAUUCGAAAACAAUAAUCACAUGCUCGAUAAUACAUCCAGUUACAGUGCGGACAGUAAAGACUUUGCCAACAGCCCGCUACCCAUAGAUGAAACGAUACUCAGCAAUAAAAACGUCCUCAAAGAUCUUGAGACUCUGAUUGGCAAUAUGGAACACAAUCAACAAAAUCAAAACGAACAAGUACUACGAUCAAUACACGAUAUGAUUACUAAUGGAAAUCCCAAAACCGAUAACGAAUAUGAUUCCGAAACCAUGAGAAUACUAACCAAAAGUCCCAUAACCUCAACUAAAUUUAAGUCUACUCCCAAAGACAACAAUUCCGAAAAUGAAGCCGAUGUUAAGAACUUUGUUUGGCAGCAUAUACAGGAAAUUGUUCCCAACCUGGUCCAACAGGUUGAAAUGGAAUUAAUGGAAGAUAUUGAUGAAAAACUUAAAAAUAAUGAAGAAGAUGAAGAAAAAGCUGAAAUUACUGAAAUUACGCCGGAAACUUUACAAGUAGCUCCUGCUCCCCCACCACCGCCACCAAUAGAUCAAGAUGAAUUUCUCAUGGAAGAAGUUAUAAAACCAAAUAUCAAAACUGCUUCUAUUCGAGAAGAAUUGCCACCCCAAUAUGUUUAUACUGCAGAAAUUGCCACUUUUCAGUUGGCAUUUGAUAAAGGCUUGGAGAGAGAACAUGAAGAAGAGUUCGAUUUUGAUACAUUGGAAGAGGCUUCAAGACUAGUAUUUAAAAUGUUUAAAGCUCCAGAUACUCAAAUUACUCAAACGUCAGAAGAGGUUGGGCAAACACAAGCUCAGGAUCAUAAAACUCACAAUGGAGAUUUGCAUGAAACACAAGUUCAAAAACCAAUUCCGACUUUAGCUCAAUCUGUUACUAUACAUAACUACAUACCACCAAUAGAAGAGAAUAAUUUGGAAUAUAAAGUUCAAGAACUUAGUUCUGGUACUCAAAAUGAUAUUCCAAAAUCUUCUGAAAAUGGCUCUAUAUUGAAAACCCAAAUACCAGCUAGUCCGGUAACUGAUCCUGAAUUGAUAAAAAUAACCAAUGCAGUAAAUGUGGAAGAGACUCUUGUACAAAAUCCAACAAAAUUAGAUUCAUUGCCAAACACCAAUAAAGCCCCAACUACACUUCAAAUGGAUACUAACAAGGAAACUAUUGUUCAAGUAAUAGCUUCUUCUGAAAUCGAGUCUGAAGUUUUGUCAGAAACAGUUAAUCAAAACACAUCCGAAAAUUUGAUUGUAGAACAACCACAAGCUCCAGCUACAGACACUUCAGUCAAAACUGAUGAAAUUCCAACUACAUCGCAAAAUGUCAAUUUACACGAAACAAAUAUUUCAACAGAUGUUCCCACUAAUGAUUCAGCUACAACGAAUGAUGGAUUUCCAAAUCAAACUCAUGAACAGCUAAGUUCCUUUGCAGAUAUUGAAAACCCUAUUGCAACACAAACUAUAGAGCCUACAGCUAAGGAAGAUAACAUAGAUAAUUACAACACCUCCCCUAUUGACAUUAAUCAACCAGCAGCAUCAUUAUCUUCAAGUGCUGGAAACAAAAUUCAUAUCUCUGAAACAGCUUCUACAUCUGAUUCCACAAAACCUAUUGAAGAUUCAGCAGUAGUUAUGAAAACGAAGGAGAAACAAGAAAAUCCAACAACAUCAAGCCAAAGAGGAAAGUCAAACAAACCAUCCAAAAUUAGAACUAAAACCAUUAAUCAAUACAAGCGAACGACUUUAAAAGAUCUCUCAAAAGAAUUAGAACAAACUGAAAUUGCAAUGAGCCAGGUUGAAAAAACUCAAUCUUCUGAUAUGCCUGAAACUAUAGAAAAUUCUGCAAAUACAACUGAACAAGUGCCCGAAGUGGUAGUUAAAAAAGAUCAUUCUACUACUGACCAUAUAGAACCAUCUGAAGAAAAUAUAUCACGAUCGAACCCAGUUGCUUUGGAACAACUGGGGGACAAUGAUGGUAAUAUCUCAAAAGCUUCCAGCACAACAAUAGAUGUAGCUCCCGUUAUUGAGACAAAAACUUCAACAAAUGAAGCUUUAGCAUCUUCAUCAAAUAAAAGAGUAUCCAAAAUUCCUGUACGCAGAACUGCCAGCAAUAAAAGUUUAAUAAAUACUUCCUCCACAAUAUUAAGAAAAACUGAUUCAAAUGAGAAUGUAAAAACGAAUAAGCAAAAUGUACCUACAACAGCCCCAUCACAGGUGGUGGAAUCCCCUCAACCACCUAGCGAUUUAAACAGCUCUCACAAUCUUACUAAUAAUGAAACAACAGAGGAUGAAUCAGAAGAGGAAGAACUUUAUAGUAUCGAAAGCGAUACCUCCGCAACGGAAGUUGCCUCUAGAGCAGAUCAGUUUCAGUCUCCCAGUACCACUAGCGAAAUGUUCUUGGUGAUACAACAGGAAACAACAGACAAUAAUAGUACUAUUGCACCAUCUACUAGCAGUUCCACACUACAUUCUACCAUAAGUCAAUCUUCUGGUUUAAAAUCACCAACUGAAUUCAUACCAUCCGGCGAUCCAUCAAAACAAAAUCUCUCUGAAUUAGUAGAAGACACGCAAAGACUGAUCAAACAAAUGAAAGAUGAAAUAAGUAUAGAUGAUUUUGAAUCUUCUACCGAUGACGAAGAGUACACAGAUGAAUACUCCGAUGAAUAUGAUGAUGAAGAAGAGGGAGAAGAGGAAGAAGAUGAAGACUGGGAAGAGGGAGAAGAAGAGGAGGAAGAAGACGAAACUGGAGAUGAAGAGGAAUAUGAUGAUAUCACUGAAGAUAUAACUGAGGGCAAUGAAGUGUUUAGUAAUGAAGAUGAAUCCAUCAGCAAAACUCAAUCUCCACUACCAAGCCAAGAAUCUCAAGAUCAUAGAGACAUACACAACAGUUCAGCUUUGUCCAAUAUAACCGAAUCAUCUGAUCAUUCACAAACAUUUCUAACUGAUCACCUCGAACAGGAUGAGGCAAUAACUGAAACAAAAACUAAUGACACUCAAAAUCAAAUUAAUUCUAAUGAAGAAACUGGUGUAUUUGUUGAAACGGAAAAUUCUUUACCAGAACUGCCAGUAGAAACUGUGAUUGAUAACAAUUUAGAACAAUCACAAACUUCUAUGCAAUAUGUAGAAUCUGAAAAUGUUUUACCGGAAAUGUCAGUUGAAACGGUUUUACAAAAUGUCAAUUCAUUAUCUUCAAAUGAUAAUGCAUUAAACACACAACAGCAUUCUUAUACACAACAUGAUUCCGAAGACAAAUCGGCAUUAGUUAGUGGUUUAAGAGAUAUACUUUCAGCUUCUACUACUAUAGCUAAUGAAUUGGAAACAGAGAAUAGUUUACCGGAGUUGCCUGCGGAAGUAAUUGUGGCCAAUGCGAGAAAUGCUGAAACGUUACAAGAUCAUGUAAAAAUACCACAAAAUGAAAAAGAACAACCAACAUCUUCAAAUAAUCAAUUACCAACAGAUAAGAAUAACUUACGCGAUUCAACUAAAGAAACUCAAAUUGAGAAUCAGUCUGCCAAAACAUCUGAUGAUCUACCAUUAACAAUGAAUAAACAAGCAACUGAAACUGAGCCUUUAUUGUCAAACCAGGAAGUUAAUCUAACUACAGAGAUUAAUAUUGAGGAUCAGUCCAUGACAACUUCAGAGGGUCUAACAUCAACAGUAAAUAAACAACAAACAGAAACACAGAACUUAUCUUCAAAACAUGUAGCUGAUAAAGCAAAUUCCGCAAAUUCCAAAAUUGAUAUGCCGUCAACAAGCCAUGCUAAUAAAACUUCUUCAACAUCUCUAGAGAAGCCAAAUUCCCAAAACACAGUUUCGGAAACACAUAACGACAAUAUGCCUUCUACUAGCAAAGGCAUAAAAUCUUCUGAAACCAAGAAAAAGCUAAAUGAGGAAGUUAAAACUUCAGUGAAAAAACCGCUCGCAGCUAGUAAAAUACCAAAACCCAAAGAAAUGCCCAAGGAACCAAAAACAAAAGAAACCACAACAGCAAAACCACAAAAUGAGUUCAAAAAGAAAUUAUAUACACGAUCAAAAUCAUUUUCUGGACCAACAACACCGAUUGGCAUAGCUUCCGUAAAGACUAUAAGUCAAAAGUUUAUAAGUCCAACUCUUAAUACAACGCCAACACCCACACAAAAAGUUUAUCCCACCGUUACAAGAAAGUCUUCAAUUGUAGAAGCUAUAAAUAAACUUACUAGGCCCAGUCCUUCUAGCACGGAAAAGCCGGCUGUAAGUUCUCUAUUCAAAUCAAGAACUCAGCCACGCAUACCGAAAAAGAAAUAUCACGAAACUUGUUUCUCGGAUGACGAUUACGAAUCCUCAACGGAAGAAGAAGAACUUGAGCCAUUGGAAAUAAGGCAACGUAAAUUAAGUGUACCCGUCUUCAGAGCAUAUCCAAGUGUUCAAGAGCAGGUACAAGAGGAGGUUAAUACAGAGGAACUUGUUGAAAAAUUCAUGAAAGAAGAACUAGCAGCCACUAUUGCAGAAGCUCAAAUCGCGGCCGUAUUGGUUUCUAUGAAAUUCCAACAAGAUGUUUCAUUAUGGGCGGCCAAAGAGUGCAGCGAUCUUGAUCAUGCUAUAGCCUUACUUAAACAGGAAUGUGAACUUUGUAGCGGCACUUAUGCCCUUAACCAAAUCGUAUCCAUGCUCAAAUGUACACACAAAUGUUGCAAACAAUGCGCCAAAACUUAUUUCACAGUACAGAUAACCGAACGCAGUAUUAACGAUUGUAGUUGUCCAUUCUGCAAAUUACCCGAACUACAUAAUCAAACCGAACAUGAAGAUGAAAAUCUGGAAUAUUUCUCCAAUUUGGAUAUAUUUUUGAAAAACAUACUUGAACCAGAAGUUCACGAAUUAUUCCAACGCAAACUAAGAGAUCGUACAUUACUCAAAGAUCCCAACUUUAAAUGGUGUGUACAAUGCUCUUCAGGAUUCUUUGCUAGACCAAAACAAAAGCGUCUUAUAUGUCCCGAUUGCGGUUCAGUAACCUGUGCUCAAUGUCGAAAGACGUGGCAAAAACAACAUGAAGGCAUUUCCUGCGAUCAAUAUUCUGAAUGGGAAUCAGCCAAUGAUCCAGAGGUACAAGCUAAGGGAGUUCAACAGCAUUUAGAACAAAAUGGCAUCGAUUGUCCCAAGUGUAAAUUUAGAUAUUCUUUAGCCAGAGGUGGCUGCAUGCAUUUCACUUGCACCCAGUGCAAAUAUGAAUUUUGUUAUGGCUGUGCCAAACCCUUUAUGAUGGGUGCCAAAUGUAACAUAUCACCCUAUUGCGCCAAAUUAGGUCUUCAUGCCCAUCAUCCGCGCAAUUGUUUAUUCUAUUUGCGUGACAAACUACCCAUACAGCUGCAGAUUCUGCUGAAAAAUAAUGGUGUACCAUUCGAAGUGGAUCCCAUUGAAACGUCUGAAAACAAUGUGGAUGACAAUGAGCCAAGUUCAUCGAAAAAGAAAGAAUUGCUUUGUCCCAUACCCAUACAAAAAGAAACACCUACUGGCUUGGUUGAUACUAGAUGUAAUGGUGAUGUGCCCGAAAAACAUGCCGGAAUGUGUCGCACUCAUUAUGUGGAAUAUUUAACGGCCAAGGUGGCUAAAGCGAAAAUUGAUCCUUUGCCUAUAUUCGAUUUGACAGAUUGUGUUCAAGAGUUACGACGUCGCGGUAUAGCCUUACCGGAACGUGGUCCUUGGGAUACCGAUGAAAUCUAUAAAACUAUGUGUGCUGAGGUUAUACAAAAGAAUAUACCUUUAGAUAUGGCUUAAUCACGCAUUAUUGGGACUGUCUUUUUUUAAAUACUUUUUUUAUAUUUAAAAUUUAGUUUUAAGUUAAAUUCAUGUUUUAUUAAAAAUAUUUAUUUAUAUCGUCCGAAUAAAUUAUAUUGAUUGUAGUAAUUAAA